GACGUGUCAAAGGAAAAUCGCGCGCUGGCCUGCCCUCGGAAUGCUUUGGGAACGAACCCGUUGGCACUGUUUGAUGACCGAUCGCAGCGUACUGCCGUGCUACUGAAAGUUAGACGAUACAUGUACAUACAUACGAGCGAUACGUACAUGAGGCCCUCCGAGAGUUGAAGUUCGCGUCAGCUGGAAGUUGACCUAAAAAUCACGUUAUUUAUAUUUGUGUGUCGACCCACCUGAAAAUUUUAAAGUUUAAUCGCGUUGCUGAUAAUUUACUCUAACUCAUGCUGACUAAAUUUGAUCACUCUCUCGCUUGACUUUGUAUGACAGUUUGUAUCCAGGGAAUAGCGCUCCGUUUUUGUUUUCCUCGUUAUGUGUGAUUUAUGGUCUCCACCAGACCAGCCGUUGGAAUCCCCUCGGUUCCCAGCCGUUCAUCACCACGGAGCGUGUCAAGCGUCCCACCCGUCUCUCCUUCCCCUCCAUCUCUCCUCACCCAUUCCUCACCUUGUCCCCCUCCCCGUGUAACCGUUCCGCCUCUAUUCGUCCAACCUCGUUCCUCGCCCACCCUCGUUCCGACCCCACCGCGACUGUCAUCGUCGUCCGCUCUCCGGAAAUUUGCGCAAGUCGUCUGCCCUCCUGGAUGCCUGCCACGGUCCGGUGUUCGGCUCGUCGCUUCCCUCAACUCGAGUCGAGUCGCACCGGCGCGGUGUGGGGCGGGCGAGACUCGGCGGCGGGCGACGGCGAGCGUCAGUCAUCGCCGUGCCGCCGCGCGGGCCGGAGCGAACCGGAGCGAGCGAGCGUCGGACUGGAGCUCGAGACGGUGUGUGGGGAUCAGUGGCGAGCGAGUGGUGACGCUGUGGUAGACGGAACAGCAGGAAGAGUUUUGUGUGAGUGUGAAGAGUCUGAGGUACUGCUGCGGUGUGGGGAGAAGCGUUGUUGACGUUGCUUCCAAAGGCUCGGAGUGAUCGAAACGAGCUGUGAGCUGCUCAGUGACGUAUCGGUAACCUGGACAAGAACCGCGUGGUUGUGUGAUUUUGGACUCUUACGGAGCUCCAGAAAACCAAAGCGCUGGAUUUUGAGUGACAAGUCUGCCGGCAAACCAGUGUCUGGUCGCGAGUGGGCGUAUCUGUCCCACGUGUCCCACAGUGACUUCUGAGUGGGAUCCAGUCGUACCCCUAGCCUGACCUGCCGCCCGGGUCGGGUCGGGUCAGGUCGGGCCACCGCGCGAAUGCUUGAGCGAAGAGCCAUGGUGGCGCGGGUGAUCUACCCGCCACCUCCUCCGCCCCCUCCUCCACCACCUCCCCCGCCACCGCCUCCACGACCGCCUUACUCUUCAGUGGAUGUCACGGAGAACCUCAUCAAUAGAUACCUGACUGCCGAGGAGCAGCAGCUUCUGCUCGACAUCCGACGGAGGAAGGCCGAACUGCUGCAGGAGAUCCAGCAACUGAAAGAUGAGAUCAGCGAGGUUGCAAUGGACAUGGAGUCGGUGGAGUCAGGCGAGGACGGGAAAAACGACCAGAAAAAGAAACAGCUCUCCAUCGGACGGAAAAAGUUCAACAUGGACCCGAAGAAGGGCAUCGAGUUUCUAUGUGAACAUGAGCUCCUCAAGAACACCGCUGAAGAUAUCGCCGAGUUCCUACACAAGGGCGAGGGCCUGAACAAGCGCGCCAUCGGCGACUACCUCGGCGAGCGAGCCGACUUCAACAUCGCCGUGCUGACCGCCUUCGUCAACCUGCACGACUUCAGCGACCUGAUCCUGGUCCAGGCCCUGCGGCAGUUCCUGUGGAGCUUCCGGCUGCCGGGAGAGAGCCAGAAGAUCGACAGGAUGAUGGAGUGCUUUGCCAAGAGAUACUGCGAGCUCAACCCGGAUAUAUUCACCAGUGCAGACACGUGCUACAUCCUGAGUUACGCCAUCAUCAUGAUGAACACGUCACUGCACAACCCCAGUGUCAAGGACAAGCCGUCGGUGGAGCAGUUCAUCAGCAUGGUGCGAGGUAUCGACGACGGAGGUAACCUGCCGCGGGAGCUGCUGGUCAGCCUCUACGAGAGCAUCAAGUCUGAGCCGUUCAUGAUUCCUGAAGAUGACGGCAACGAUCUUAUGCACACCUUCUUCAAUCCGGACAAAGAAGGAUGGUUGUGGAAACAGGGUGGCCGCUACAAGUCGUGGAAGCGACGGUGGUUCAUCCUGAAUGACAACUGCCUCUACUACUUCGAGUAUACGACGGAUAAGGAACCGCGAGGCAUCAUACCGUUGGAAAACAUUCAGGUCCGUGAAGUGGAGGACCGCAGCAAGGCGAGCUGUUUCGAACUGUACGCCUCUGGCACCGACUACAUCAAGGCCUGCAAGACGGACAACGACGGAAAGGUGGUGGAGGGGAAGCACACGGCCUACCGCAUGUCGGCGGCCACCCAGGAGGAGAUGAACGAGUGGAUCAAGGCCAUACAGCAGAGCAUCAGCCUCAACCCAUUCUACGACAUGCUCGCAGCCCGGAAGAGGAAAGCUCAAAAGCCACCAGCGCGGUAACGCAGCCGGCGACGGUGGCGCCGUGCCGUGGGACUAGAGACAGCUGCGAGUGCGCGCCACCGCCGCUAGGGGCGCUGUAAUCGGGACUUAUCGUGUGCGUCCGUGAGAAGCGAACGAGUGUGUAUGAUGCGAAUGAAAAGACUACGCUGCGUGUCGCGAGGUGCAAUUGUGGCGCAGUGCGGCGUGUGUGGUGCACGCCUGGCGCGGAUGUGAUAAAGGCGCCGAUGUGGGCGCAUUUUAUACGUUCUACGACAUUCCGGAGGGAUGCUAUGCUGACGGAGUACAAAUGGCUGAUUCGCUGCGAUGUAGCGGGUUCGUUCAGAGAUUGAGGGUGAUGUGUGUGAAGUGUGAGGCUGCCGAGUGGCGAAGCAUCUAUUGUAUUUAAAUGUUGUGCUCGUAGACGGUUACAUAAGUGAACAAUAAACUGUGACAGAAAA